UUUCAGCAGAACUGGCUAGACAUUAUUAACGGUGAAAUACGUUCAUUAAAAACAGUCUUCGAGGAAGUUUAAGGUUUUUCUGGGUUUUUCGCAAAGAUCGAAGUGUAACAAUAAUCCAGUAACAUGUCUAUGACAAUUCCAGCCGUUUUUCUCAACGUGCAAAUUCACUCAAUUACCAAUCUCGCACUAGGUGCUCUCUGCUUCAUCUUCCAGAUUGCUGCCUUGGCUGUAAGCCCGCAUGAUGUCUACGAACAAAUUGGUAUUGGCUUUUGGGGUGGACUUAUUCUCAUGUUUACUGCAAUAACUGCUUACAAAGCAGCAACUGGAGAAGCGCCAUUUCUUUUAGGUUGCAGUUUUGUGCUAUCAAUUUUCGCAUUCUUAACCAGCUUCUCUAUCAUGUGCAUUUUUGCUGCAUCAAUUGAUCAAAUGAAACGGUACAGUGAAAACCCAUGCACAGGUUACUGUGCAAAGGUAGACGAACCCAUAUCUCCAUGCUCUCACUAUAGUAAUGCCCACUUGGCAUUUGAUUCGAUUCUACUUACGUGCGGACUGAUUGGUAUCCCGGUGAACGCUUUGUUAGUUUUAGCAGUUAUUUCAAUGUACAAUCCUCUUCCGGCCUCUGCCCCUGCUACGUAAAACAACAAUUAGAAAUGUGUAUGUUUGUUUAUUUUGUUUUUUACGGUCGAAAGUUUCCCAGAAAGAAGUGUUCG